AUGUUGUAUUAUGAAGGUCAUGGUAUUACCAGUACGGCCAAGGCGAUCAUUAUUGUGACCACAAUUUUAGGUGUCCUGGCCAUUCUGGCGGUUGCACUCCGUGUCUACGCCCGGAUAUAUUCCAAGCUCUACUUGGGUGCCGAUGACUGGACAAUUAUCAUCGCCCUGAUCCUUUCUUGUGGGAUUAGCAUUAUCAUCGACUACACCGAUGCUGUUACCGGCAUCGGAGACCCUGAGUAUCAGCCAACCAUGGAGGCGAUCAUCUUCGCAUUGAAGAUAAACUUCGCUUGCGAAAAUGCUCAAAUCGCCACAAUGGGAGUCAUCAAAGUUUCUUUGCUCUUCUUCUACCGGCGGAUCUUCGGCAUCUCCCGUCCGUUUGUCAUGGCGAGCAAUGUGCUUAUUGGACUGAUUUCCAGCUUCACCUUGGCUAUUGUACUGGCGGUUAUCUUCUCAAAAUGGCCGGUCUACCUGCAAUGGGACCCGACCGCCCCCUACGAUAUUAACGCGUCGGCGAUUCUUAUCUGCUAUGUUGCAGGCAAUAGCUUAUUCGAUCUUCUGACGCUGGCACUUCCAAUCGCUGCCGUACAGAAAUUGCAGAUGGAUCAAUCAAAGAAGCUGUUUAUGUCCGUGAUCUUUGUCUUGGGAAGCACCUGCAUGGCGGCAUCACUUGUUCGACUGUACUACGCCGUCCAGUGGACCAAGGAGCCCGCGACUAUCAGUAGCAUGUUUGAGGUACCCUUCAUUUAUAACAUUCUGUGGGCGCUCCUUGAGCCACCCAUCUUCAUCGUCGUGGGCUCCAUGCUUACCCUGGGACCUCUGCUUCGUAACUGGCGAGGGCCCAAGCAAUGGAUUCGGCUUCUCAGCAGCAAGAAGGAGGGAUCAACCAAAUUCCACGACUCGCGCAACCUCCCCCAGUCACAUAUGCAGUCGGCAAACUCUCAUCAGCGUGGGCACGAGAAGAAAUUGACACCAAGUACGUCAAGCGAGGUGGAACUGUUGGAGGUGUGA